UGAGAAAUUAUCACAAUUAAUACUCAGUACUUAUCAGAUUGCCUGAACAUGAAUCCAGAAGAAGAAGAAAUCGUCAACAUCACUCAGAACCUUAUUGAAAUAAUCAACAAGGGUGAUUAUGAAGGCUACACAAAUAUUUGUGACAUCAAUCUUACAGCAUUUGAGCCAGAGUCGCUUGGUAACAUUGUUGUUGGCAUGCCGUUUCACAAGUUUUACUUUGAUAACGUUAUCGGUUACAAGUCGAUAAAUAAUACAUUGGUAAAUCCUAAAGUUCAUUUACUUGGAGAUAGUGCAGCAUGUAUUGCAUAUGUUCGGCUGACGCAAUUUAUCGACAAACAAGGACAUUGUCAUACUCAUCAGAGUGAAGAGACAAGAGUAUGGCACAAGAAAAGCAUUGAAUGGCGUUGUGUUCAUUUACAUCGCAGUUAUACUGGAAAUGCAAGUUCGAUGACACCCUACAAUGGCAAAUAGUUCAAUUUUCAAUAUGAUCCUCGCUACCAAAGUUGAAUCACAUGAAGCACAAUCAAGUCAUUGUUUAUGUAAAAUACAGUAAAAUAAUAAAGAAUCGGGUGACAUAAAUAGAAAUUAAAGUGGAUUCGCAUGAUUGAGUUGAGCAAUAAAUUCGAGUUCUGUGUAUUGAAUUA